AUGUCCAUCAGAAGUUUCGACGAACUACAAGCAAGGUUACAAGAUAAUUUGAAACAUUGCAAUAUGUUUCGUGUUCCUAUCCAACCUAUUGAAAGAUUAGCCGUAACUUUAAGAUACUUUGUGACAGGUCACACAUAUGAAGAUCUGCAUUUUAGCUUGCGUAUAGGGGCGGCUACUAUCGGUAAUAUCAUACAAGAAGUGUCUAAGAACAUUUGGUCUCUACUGUAUGAAGAGUGUCUUUCGAUACCUAAAACACAGGAAGGGUGGCUGCAAAUAGCUGCCGGUUUUGAAACUGUAGCAAAUUUUCCUAACUGCAUCGGUUGUAUAGAUGGAAAGCACGUCAGAAUAAUUUGUCCUGACCAUAGUGGAAGUCUGAAUUCAAAUUAUAAAAAAUUUUACUCUGUAGUCCUGUUGGCUAUGUGUGAUUCCGACUAUCGUUUUACCUAUAUAAAUGUAGGGGCAUGUGGAACAGAUUCUGAUUCAAAUAUUUUUCGGAGAAGUUCAUUAUUCACCAAAUUACAAAACGGUGAAAUAAUAUUGCCUCCACCAAAACCACUACCGCACACUACAGAACCACUCCCAUACAUGAUUAUUGGGGAUGCCGCUUUUGAUAUCAUUGGAGGCGUACUCCAAAAAUCCUCCGUAACCGUGAACUCUUGA